CGUGUUCAAUAAACAUCUACUCCGUAAUAGUCAAGCAGUCGAGUAGCUUCAUUUUACCGUAAUGCUUACGGCCUGCGCCCCGCUCCAUCAAGCUGCCAUGAAGCUAUAGUUUCGUUGUCUUUCGAUAGUUAGAGCCUUAUUCGAGCGCGGCCAUGGUGCUGGGGCGCCAAUUGAGCUUUUUGCUCACCAUUCUCUGGCUCAACGCGGUGUUCGUGAAGCUGGGCCUCGCAACGGCCUCGGGCACGGCGAGUGAUAGCGAGUCGAUCCUACACAGCGAAAUCGGCCGCCAGAACAAUCAGAGCCUACUAUGGGGUCCCUACCGUCCCAACCUCUACUUCGGGGUCCGCCCCAGGAUACCCAAGAGCUUGAUGACGGGCCUUAUGUGGGGCAAGAUCGAGUCCUACACCGACUUCCAGCACACGAUACGAUACACCUGCGAGCAAAACGAGGGCAUGAAGGGCUAUGGAUGGGAAGAAUACGAUCCUAGGAGAGGCGGCAUCCAGUCCAUUCACGACAUCGAAAACGGCAUCGACAUCACCACCUCCUUCGUCAAAGUUCCCGGCGGCGCGCACGGCGGCAGCUGGGCAGCGCGGAUCACAGGGAAGCUCAACGAUGACGCACCCAAGGACCAGAAGACGAUUGUGGUCUUCUACAUCACGCAGGAAGGGGACAGCUCCGUGCUAGAAGCGUUGCCGGGGGAUGGUCACUUCGGCUACGAGGGCGACGUCACGCUCAAGGGACACUCGGAGACGCUUGGGAACUACAAACUCGUCGUGACGAGAGGGACGGGAGUGCAGCCCAAGAGCGACCACGACAUCUCGACCAUCCGAGGGCCCGGGCAGACUGUCGUCCAGUCCCUGACCAUCCCGGAGGAGCUUGUCUGGCAGGCGAAGCCCAUCCUGUUCAGGCAGCUCAAGGAAGGUGUCGACUGGCUGGUGGAGAACAAAUAUGAUGUGCAGGAGCCCCCGCCGCCAUGGCAGGUCUACCAGCUCGUCAACCGACCUGGCGCUGGGAAUGUCCAUCUGGUGCAGAAGGUUUUCGAGGGCGACUUCGAGUUCGAUGUCCUCUUCUCAAGCGAGUCGGCCGGCAACGAGCUCACCGGCCAGGAUCUUACAAGGGAGAUCAAAGGGGCGACCGCGGGAUUCGCCGAGCGCUUCUCGAGCGUGUUCACGCCCAAGGCGCCGUUCCAUGCCGACAAGUUCAAGAAGUUUGCUAGGAGCAUGUUCUCGAACCUGAUCGGGGGCAUUGGCUACUUCCACGGGCAUGCCGUGGUGGACCGAUCGUACGCGCCCGAGUACGAUGAGGAAAACGAAGGCUUCUGGGAAGAAGCUGCCGAGGCGCGAGCCCGCAACCAGCAAGCCCUGGAGGGACCGUACGAGCUGUUCACGAGCAUUCCCUCUCGGCCUUUCUUCCCCCGGGGCUUCCUCUGGGACGAGGGCUUCCACCUGCUGCCCAUUGCGGACUGGGACAUGGACCUCACGCUGGAGAUCAUCAAGAGCUGGUUCAGUCUGAUGGACGAUGACGGAUGGAUUGCGCGCGAGCAGAUCCUGGGGGCGGAGGCGCGCAGCAAGGUCCCGGCGGAAUUCCAGGUUCAAUAUCCGCAUUACGCCAAUCCACCGACCCUCUUCAUCACGCUCGACGCCUUCGUUGAGAAGCUGCGGAGACGGACGAACGGCAGCCUCCCGGCCGGCCGAGAACGUCUCUCGCAAGACGAGCCCCUGGCCACCGCGUCCACCGACAACCCCGAGGUCGGCCUGGAGUAUCUCCGCCGCUUGUACCCGCUGCUGCAGCGCCAGUUUAACUGGUUCCGCAAGACCCAGGCUGGAGAUAUCAAGUCGUACGACCGCGAGGCCUAUUCCACCAAGGAAGCCUACCGCUGGCGCGGCCGCACCGUCACCCACUGCCUGACCAGCGGCCUCGACGACUACCCGCGGCCGCAGCCGCCUCACCCGGGCGAGCUGCACGUCGACCUGAUGUCGUGGGUCGGGCUGAUGACCAAGUCGCUGAUCAACAUCGGCGACGCACUGGGCCUGGCCGAAGACGUCGCAGACUACAAGACGAUCCUGACCGCCAUCGAGCACAACCUGGACGACCUGCACUGGUCCGAGAAGGACGGCUGCUACUGCGACGCGACGAUUGACGAGUUUGAGGAGAACAAGCUCGUCUGCCACAAGGGCUACAUUUCGCUGUUCCCCUUCCUUACCGGCCUGCUCAAGGCCGACAGCCCCAAGCUGGGCAAGCUGCUUGCGCUGAUUGGGGAUGAGGAGGAGUUGUGGAGUCCGCACGGCCUGCGCAGUCUGAGCAAGCGGGACGAGUUCUACGGGACAAACGAGAAUUACUGGCGCAGUCCCGUGUGGAUCAACAUCAACUACCUUGCGAUCGUCCAGCUUUACAACGUUGCCACCCAGGACGGACCGUACAAGGAGACGGCGCGGGACCUGUACUCGCGGCUGCGGAAGAACAUCGUGGAGACGGUGUACAACAGCUGGGAGGCGACGGGCUUUGCGUGGGAGCAGUACAACCCGGAGACGGGCCAGGGCCAGCGCACCCAGCACUUUACUGGCUGGACCAGUCUGGUGGUGAAGAUCAUGGCCAUGGAGGAUCUGGAAGAGAGCCGUGUGCGGGAUGAGUUAUAGGAAGUUAAGCCGUUGUGGAGGAAAGGAAGAAAAACGGCCCCCAUGUUGCCGAAAACGUGGCAUUUGCAAUACUAUCCUAAUGAGCACAAAACCCUGCAUCCUACUACCUCAAGCAG